AUGUCAUCAAGAAAGAAGAAUCUGUUGAAAGUCAUUGUGCUAGGUGACUCUGGUGUAGGUAAGACUUCUUUAAUGCACAGGUACGUUAAUGAUAAAUAUUCUCAACAAUAUAAAGCGACUAUAGGAGCUGAUUUCCUAACAAAAGAAGUGGUUAUUGAUGAUGGCAGUCAGGCUGCUACAAUGCAAGUAUGGGACACUGCUGGUCAAGAAAGAUUUCAAUCACUAGGUGUUGCAUUUUAUAGAGGUGCUGAUUGUUGUGUGUUAGUAUAUGAUGUUACAAAUCCAAAAUCAUUCGAUAACAUUAAAUCAUGGAGAGAUGAAUUUUUAAUACAUGCUAAUGUAUCUUCUCCAGAAACAUUUCCAUUUGUCAUAUUAGGUAAUAAAAUAGAUAUUGAAGAUUCAAAACAAAAAAUAAGUGCAAAACAAGGCCAAGAAAUGGCAAAGGAACUGGGAAACAUUCCUCUAUUUUUAACUAGUGCUAAAGAUUCAAUCAACGUUGAUGUUGCAUUUGAAGAAAUUACAAGAGGUGCAUUGCAACAGAAUCAAAAUGAUGCAGAUGCUUUUAAGGAUGAUUUUAAUGAUGCUAUAAAUAUUCAGUUGGACGAUGAAUCAAGUUCAUGUGCUUGUUGA